AAACCUAAAAUCAUCGUUUUCACGGGAACGAUCGGUGCUGGAAAAACUACAUAUGCAAAAAUGUUUCAAACAUAUCUUGAGUCGAAAGGAUUCUCUGUUAUUCAUAGGAUAGAAGCAAGUCUCGAAAUUCCUGAAGAAUUAAC